AUGGGAAUAUCUCUUACUGCAUUUAAGAGCGCAUGCCGGAGGGUGGGGCUAUCAAGAUGGCCAUACCUAAGGAAGCACGACUCGGUUGAAAAGAUGUCCACCAGUUCCUCCUCCUCCCCUGCCUCCGUGUGCAUGGUGGAGCAGGCAGAAGACAUGGGCCAGACAACUUUCGACGAAGCGAUUUAUUGUGCCGUCGGCUCAAAGCAAGUUCCCAACCCGUCGCUGUUCAAUGACGCUUUCUUACACGUAGCCGGUGAAUGGUUCUAA